AUGUCUCGCCGACGAGUUUCCCCGCCUGAAAUCAUGUACCCCUCUCGACGAGUCAUGCGGUUCUGCGUGCUGUCCUUUUUCAUCAUCGCUGGAGUAUGGGUGUUCACCAUGCGGACGGAUUUCGGCCCCCUGGAAGACGGCAUACAUCUGCAGAAGCGUCAAGAAGCAAUGGACGCUGAGCAUCCCGUAGAUACAUUUGUCAAGGGAUUCCCACAGGUCAGAAGCUGGGAGGAGACUGGGACUCCUGUGUCUGAGCCCGAAGCUGCGUUUUUGGUGGAAGACGGGGAGAUUACAAGGAAAGAGCCUUUUGAUUGGCCAAGGGUGAGGAAGCUAUUUGUCUUCGGUGAUUCGUUCUCUACUAGAGACAAGGAUUACCGUAAGGAUGGCGUUGAUGGAGGACAUUUUCAAGAACUUCUGACCUGUUUCAGCGUUUUCCACGACUUCCACGUAUUGCAAUACUACAAUCUUGCUAAAGUUGGUGCUACCAUCCAUCACUCGGUCUUACCCCCUGGCCUGGAGGAGUAUGGUACUUACGAAACUCAAAUCAACGAUUUUGAGGAUCUAUUUACGCCUCUUCCCGGCCCUUGGCAAGUGGAUUGGCACUCCAAUGACACGCUGUUCAUCAUUUUCUUUGGCAUUAACGAUAAUCGAGACGAUCUGCAUGAAGGAGGCACUUUAGAUAUCCCGACCACCACAAAAGCUCUCGUUGAUUCUCUCAUGUCCCAAUCGCGUCGGCUGCACUCUCUCGGCGCUCGGAACUUCCUGUUCAUGACAUUGCCACCUCUGCACCUAUCGCCAAAAUACAAACUCCCAAGCCAGGUCGGACAUGACAUCCACGCUCGUGUCGAACAAUCGAUUCAAUGCUACAACUCGUACCUCCGACCUGCUGUGAAGGAAUUUGAGAGGGAGUUGAGGGACAGCAAUGUCAUGAUGUUCGACCUCAACCAAUUUUGGAAACUCAUUCUGGAUUACCCAGAGCUAUUUGGGAUUACCGAUAUCUCCAGGUUCCGCAUAACCAUAGAUGGACGUUUGCCAAAUUUCGGUAGAAUGGGUUUGGCUUACCACGAUAAUCAGCAUAUCAGCUGGUCGAGCGCUGAGCUGAUCGCAAGGUCGGUUAACGGACUUCUCCUCCGUCACUCGGCGACCAUCCAGAGCUCCAACGCUUCUCAGACGGAAUACACUGCUUAA